GACCGCGGCAGACGGACUCGGGUCGCUAUGGCAACGCGGCGGGACUGGCCGUGGCCCGGGGCCGGAGUUCCCGCUCCCACGAUGGUGCAGCUGAGCUCGGAGUCAGCCCUGAACGAGCUACUCUCCUCCAAGGAGGAGGAGUGGCGGGCCCAGCACUCGCUGCUGCAGGAGGCAGCCGUGCGGGAGGCCCAGGGCCGGCUGCAGGAAGCACAGGACCAGCUCCAGCACCUGCAGGAGGACUUCCUCUACAACCUGCAGGUGCUGGCGGAGCGGGACAGCGAGCUGGAGCACUACGACGCAGCCUUCGCCGAGGCCAGAGGCCGGGAGGAGGCCAGGCAGGCAGAGGCGAGCGAGCUCAGGGUAGAGGUGGCCAAGCUGAGGCAGGCGCUGGCCGCGGAGGCCCGGCAGAGGGAGGAGCUGCAGCGGCGGCAGCAGCUGCUGCAGCAGGAGCACCGCCUUGAGCUGGAGCGUGCGUACAGUGAUAAAAAUGGGGAGAUUGAGCGUCAGCGGGAGCACUAUGAACAUCUCAAGUGGAAACUGGAGCAAAAACUGGAAGAACUCGACGGGGAGCUGGCCCUGCAGAGGCAGGAGCUGCUGCUGGACUUUGAAUCUGAGCUGCAGAAGAGAGAGCGCGCCUUCCAGCAGCAGGCCGAGGACAUGGGCCGCGUGCUCCUGUCCCAUGAGCUCAAGGUCAAACUACUGAGCAGGGAGCUUGAGGCGCUGACGGAGGCGGGGGCCAAGGCCUCAGAGUGUCUGCAGAGAGCCGAGGCCGCCAGCGCCAGCCUGGAGAGCCAGCUGCAGGCCCGCACCUGGGAGCUGCGGGACCUAGAGGCCGUGAAGGAUGCCCGGAUAAAGGACCUGGAAGACAGACUGCGCUCCAUGCAGCUGAGUAGGACGGAGGAGGAGGGCGUGUUCAAGAGGAAGCACGAGGAGCUGGACAGGCUGGCCAGGGAGAGGGACGCUGUGCUGGCCACGGUGAAGGGUGCCCAUGGGGAGCAGCUGCGUGCCCUGGAGACCAGGAUCCUGGAGCUGCAGGCCCACUGCGAGAGCCUGGAGGUGCAGCUGCGCAGGGCCGAGUGGACGCAGGCUGACGCUGCCCGUGAGAAGGACGCUGUCAUUGACAAGCUCCGUGAGGACUCUGCAGCUCUCAGGAGCGCCUGGGAUGCCCAGGUGGCCCAGCUGUCCCAGGAGGCGGUCUCCAAGGAUCUCCAGGUCCAGGCACUGCAGCAGGACGAGCUGAAGCUCAAGGCACAGCUAGCCCGAGUCCAGCAGGAUGUUGACAGGUACAAGCAGCAGCUGUCCCUGGCCAUGGAGAGGGAACAGAGCCUGGCGCGCCAGCAGGUGCAGCUGGGCCUGGACUGGCAGCGCCGCUGCGAAGACACCGAGCGGGAGCAGAUACAGAGGUCAGAGGCCCUGAUCGAGGGUCUGACAGCAUCGCGGGCCCAGGUGGCUGCGAAGCUGCAGGAGACAGAGCGGGCGCUGCGGGAGCAGGAGAGACUGAUGGAGGCUGUGGUCCUGGAGCGGGACCAGGCGCUGCAGGCGCUGCGGGUGCACGGGCUCCUCCCGCCUGAGGGGCCACAGUGUGGAGAGGGCGCUGGCGGCAGCUCCCUGUCCAGUGAGAUCCGAAGGCUGCAGGAGCAGAACGCGAGCCUGCGGCACGCCGUGGCACACAUGAGGCGGGAGAUGGAGUCCCUGGGCCAGCAGCUUCCCCCUUCCCCGGCGCCUGGAGGAGAGGCCACCAGGACGGAGCAGCCCCGUGCCAAGGCAGAGGAGACUGGCACUCCUGACUACGCCCUGGCCCUGGAGGCCGAAGUGCAGCACCUGAAGCACAGGUUUGCGGCCCUGGAGGAGCAGCUGGAAGGCGUGCUUGCACCCGAGCCGCACCCCCAGGCCCAGGCCACCGGAGACGCUGUCCGCAUCAGCCCGGAGUGCACUGGGCUGGCCCUCAGGAAGCUCGGGGACCGCGUGCGUCUCUUGAACAUGCUGGUGACGCGGCUCAGACGGAAGGUGCUGCCGGAAUCCCUGAAGAUGGACGCCCUCCAGCGAGAGCUCCCGCAGGAGGUGGAGCAGGUGCACCUGGAGGUCCUGGAGCUGCGGAAGCAGGUGGCCGAGCUGGGAAAGCACCUUGGGGCGGCCCAGCAGGAAGGAGAGCAGCCUGCAGGCAGGAAGCCGCACUGCCCCUGCAGCCCUGGGGCCUUCAGCAGCCAGGGCCCCCCAGCUGCAGCGGUGGGGGCAGACGCGCAGGGGCCGUUCCCGUGUGCCCAGCCAGGGCCGCAGACCCCACAGGCCUUGUCAGUGCACCGACUGCAGAAGAAGCUGAAGGAAGCAGCCCAAAAAAUCCUCAGGCUCCGGCUGGAGAAGGAACAGCUCAUUGAGAUGGGGAACAGGCUCCGUGCUGAGCUGGGGUACCCCAAAGGGAAGCCGUCCCCUCAUGCCCUCCUUCCCAGCCCAGAGUCCCUGUGCCCUCAAGAGGUACCUGCGCUGCCUGCAGACCAUGGCUUGCCGCUGGGACAAGUGCAGCCCCACCUCGCAGCACAGAGGCAGCACCCAGUCCCCACAGCGACCUGCUCAGCAGCACAGCAGAAAGAGAACAGGUUCCCACCUCCACGCCUGGCCCGCCCCGAGGACAGAGGCUGCCCCGGCCAGGGGUCGUCGUCACUCACUGGCAGCUCGCUGCAGGACACCUGGAAAUUGUUGGACCUGGGGUCCAGCCCUUCUGGUCUCACCUCCCAGGAAGACUCAGCUGCAGCAGAGCGCCCAGCCAAGAGCCUCAGCACAGCCCUGGCCGUGGAAGGGGUGACGAAGACAGCCCAGCCAAAGUCCGGACCUGCCAGGCCCUCCGCAUCCCAGCCUGCCAAGCCCAGGAGCCGUCGGCUACCCCCCAGGGUCCGGAACUACAACAUCAUCAGUGCCUGAGCCUGGCGUGGCCCGGUGCUGCCCAUUAAAGCAGGUGGCUCCCUCAUG